UGGACUUGAAUGAGGUGCGCGCAGACGCUGGAAAGUAGUACAAACCGUCUGGGAAUAACGGGAAUACUGGAGCACAGCGGCCAGACAGCGGGCCGGGGGCGGGGGGACGGCGGUUAGAGGACGGUAGACACAGAAGAGGAAAAGCCUGCGUCAAUGUUUUUAUUCGACAACGCGCGCUGAGGCGACCGACCGACACACCAACCGACAAACCGUCCGUUUUCCACGUCGAUUUCCUCAAUGUUCAGCUUCAUGGGUCUGACGAACGGAACCACCGACACCCUCACCAAUGUCUCCUGUACAUGUAACUGCCAGAGAUCCACUUCAUUCCAGAGUAUGGCGAUCUCCCAGCUGGAGUUUGUUCAGAUUCUGGUGAUCGUGGUGGUGAUGAUGAUGAUGGUGGUGGUGAUCACGUGUUUGCUGAACCACUACAGACUCUCAGCGCGAUCUCUGAUGUCCAGACACACACACGAGCGCAGACGACACCUGCCCUUGCCCUCGGAGGGCAGUCUGUGGUCUUCUGAUGGUCCAGGCUCUUCUAGUGCCAUGAGUGAGGUUUACACUCCUCGAGCGCCGGAUAGAGUGCCGUCGUUUCUGCAGCGUGAGCGUGUGUCCCGCUUCCAGCCUACCUUCCCAUUCCUCCCACCAGUGAUCGAGCUGCCGCCGACCAUCGCUCUGUCUGAUGGCGAGGAACCUCCGCCGUAUCAGGGGCCAUGCACGCUUCAGCUGCGGGACCGCGAGCAGCAGCUGGAGCUCAACCGGGAGUCUGUGCGCGCACCGCCCAACCGCACAGUGUACGACAGCGCUCUCACACACACGGGCAUCAGCGCCGGGCGCCUGCAGGGUCCUCCGCCCGCAUACAGUGAGGUCAUCGGACACUAUUACCACCCGACGACGCUUCCGCAGGCCGCGGCGCUAGUGCACGGAUUCAUUCAGCUAAGCCGCGCAGACACACGCAGCAAAACACAGCCCAAAGCACAGCCGGUCUGAGUGCAGCGCUAAUCAGAGAACUAGCAAAACAUCCUGAGCGCUCACCUUUAUGAUCGUCGGCUGAGGAGAUUCUCUCAGACUUUAUAUAAAUAUUUACUCGUUAUUUGUCUUCACUCUUAGUCUCUUCUACGUGCUGAUGAUCUCUGACAGCAAAUGUGAACAAUUCGGUCACUAGUCUUCCUCUUAGCUUCACUUUUACGCUUUAUUUUAUUUUUUCUUUUAUUUUGACUUUGUUUGCUGUCAGAGAAGGUUUUGUGCCAAUUCAGGUUAGAGCUGUGGCGGAAAAUCGCUGGAGAAAUCGAUGAUGCUUUUAUUCUGAAUUUGUAAAUGCAUCAGUGUUCUGUCGCGAAUGGAUUCUGAGCUUCGUUUAUAACAGCAGACGGCGCUCUAGGCUAGUUUAUAACAGC